UACUCCGCCAUGGAAACAGUCGCAGUGGUGACGUUGUCAGACAACAAAGAACAAGGUCCACACCGAAUAGUUUCGGAGGUACGGGUAAGGUAGAUCACAAGAGUACCUUACCUUAACGUGAGGUACCCCAAAAAUUACCUUGAACAGAAACCAGUCCUCAACACCAUCUCGACUCAAGGUAUCCGGCUACUACCAAUUGACAUCGUCCAGAAGUGUUCAAGAGAAAACCCCUUCGCUUCUGCUUCAUGCGUUAGAAAGCCCGAUCACAAUGGCGCCAUUACUGCCUCGCUUCCACCUCUUCGAGAUAGACGACCAGCCCUGGUUUCCGUCUUUCCUCCGUGCUCACGUUCAAAAUGUCCUCCAGGAAGCCUGGGUCGCACGCAUCCCCGUCCUCCAACGCGACUCUCCUGCCCGUAUCGCCGCGACCCUCCUCCACAACGAGCUAGGCCCGUCUCUCUCCUCCCAAACCUACGUCGACUUCUGCGCAGGGUCCGGCGGACCGACCCCCACCAUUGAGCGAUUCAUCAACCGCCGCCUCCACGACGCGUCACUGCCUCCGGUCGACUUCGUCCUCACCGACCUCCACCCCAACCCGGAAGCCUGGGCCCGGGCCUCCGCCAAAUCACAACACAUCCUCUAUGAACCCGGCCCCAUCGAUGCCUCCAACCCCGGCGACGCAUUUCUAGAUCACUACGCCAGCCGAGCGGAAGACCGAGCACCGGAACCCAGCACGGCAAAGAGGAGGGCCACCAACAACAGCAACGGGACCAGCAUAGACCCCGGGACGCCGCCGCCGCCGCCGCCGCCGCCGCCGCCGCCGCCGCAGCAGCAGCAGCAAAAGAAGAAGAAAAACAUCUUCCGCCUCUUCAACCUCGCCUUCCACCACUUCGACGACCCCCUCGCCCGCGCCAUCCUCAAAAACACCCUCGAAACCUCCCACGGCUUCGCCAUCUUCGAGCUGCAGGGCCGCGACGCAGGCUCCUUCGUCACCUGCCUGCUCCUCGGCAUCGGCUUCCUCCUCACCGCGCCCUACCACGCCUGGCGCCUGCGCUCCUGGUCCCUCCUCCUCUUCACCUACCUCGUCCCCGUGCUGCCCUUCGUCGUGGUGUUCGACGGCUGGAUCAGCUCCCUCCGGACCCGGACGCCGGACGAGGUCGAGGCUUUGAUGAGGAGUUGCGGGGCUUCGAGCGUCGACGACUGGGAGGUGCGGAGCGGGAGCGAGCUGCAUUUGUGGCCUUGUGGGAGCUUGCAUUGGAUCAUCGCGACCAAGAAGUCCUGACCCGAGAGCAGCGUCGUUGGUUCAUUGCGGGGUGUGCUACGUGUAUGUUGUGUGUAUGGAUGUGGUACAGUAGAAAAUCGCGGAGAGUGUGGUAAUCUACGUGCGACCCCCAAAACAAAGACUACACACAAGCCCUGCCUUGCCGACGUUUCACAUACUGAUGCAGCACACAAAGAACUGCAAGUGUAUUGAACGAGGUAGUAAAACUUCAAAUUGCCUGCGCUUUGCGAAGCGAGGCACUUUCAUUCUUCUAGUCCUACGGCGCGGGGUAUAUCCCAGCCCCUUCAAUUCGUUGUCCUAUAAACUUCAUGAAUCUCCGAUUCUCAUGCAGCCCUACCCAGGCCGCGAUUCCAUUAGACACCUAGCACAUAUCGCCAUGUUUCUUCAGGCGUGCAGGUUGAUUUCCAUGUGCCCC